UUACACAUAAUUGCUAAAAAAGGAAGCUAGCAAAUCCAAAUUCGUCAAGGAACAUGAAGGUUUUAGCAAUUUUAGCCGUCGUGGCGACAGCCGCAUUUGGCUCUAGCGUUCGAGAAACGCUACAAACUGGACCACCUUGUCCAAUCGCCGACCCCCUGAAUUCCCCAGCCGGUUCACUCAACGCUACUUUCGACCUUACUUUCAGAAUUGAUCAGGGGAGCACCAGAGGGCAAACGAAGACUUAAGAAUAAACAUGUCAGACAGCUUUCUCGUCGGUCUUCUUAAUAACCCUUUAAACCAGAACAAAUCAAGUAACUAAAUCCACAUAUGUAGUUGAGCACUUGAACACUUAUGCAAAAUUCACAGAGUGACGUAGGUUUUACACAAGUUCGAAACAGCUAUAUGGCGUUCGCCCGUUCGCAUUUUGAUUUUGAAAGUGCGUCUUUUUGCCAAUUUAAAACCAUCUUAAAGCCGCGAGUCCUGCACAAGUCCCACACUAACUGUUGUCUGUGUUUAGUUACUUGAUUUUUUAGCACUGCUUUUAACGAGAAUAUCGGUGAGAAACAUGCCGGACAUGUGUAUUAUUAAUAUAACUUAAUCAGUGUUUCGUAAGGUUGAUAAGUUCAUUUUCUAGCGAUCUUGUCGCCACUGGCCUCUCAGAAUUGUCGUACGAUUACACCCUAGUUAAUCUCAUGCUUACAUAUGACUUCCACUUCACCUUGUCCACUGCCCACGUCACGAAUGACUUUACCGUCACGGGAUAUCUAGAUGUUCGACCAUUCUCCCAGGGAUGUAUCCCAUCCGGAAAUUUCACUGGUGGUGGAGUCGCCAUCGUCCACGUCAGCGCAUUGGACGCCGACCUCCGUGCCGGCUUCUUCGUCAAUAUGAUCACCAACAAGGUGACGAUUCGAACUUUGGACAUUAGAAACAUCUCCUUCGGGUCGGACAUUAUGAUCUCGUUCGGCCCUGACCUCCUCAUCGGAGGAAGUCCGGUCGACUGGGAUGCAGUCUCGGCCGGGCUCAAGACUUGUUUCGACGCCGAAUUUGCCGCUAACAGGGCCGCCGUCACGGAGAUGAUAAGACAAGCUGCAAAUGUCGUGAUUGGACAGUAUACCCUAGAUGAGAUUUCGGAGUGGAUUGGUGGGGGAGGUGGCACGUGCCCACCACCACUUGACCAAUUGUAAAUUAGGAAACAAUUAAAUUGGCAAAAUAUUUAUAUAGUUUAAUACGGUGUGAAAAUUGCUUAAUUUCAAUACCACUUAAAAUUUUUGAAUAACUAUUAAAUCGAAUAGGAACAUAAUUCAAAGAACGGCUUAUUCAUUUGCAUGUAUGUAUUUAUGUAACUAAUAGACAAGGAGCACUUUUUCCAAUCAAAAUUACCAAGCGAUAUUAUUAUCCGAUAAAUUUCAAUAAUGUGCAUUUUACAUACGCACAUAUUCACAAUUAUAUAAUUAUUAUUGAGGGUUGAUCCCUUUGUGUCCUUGGUAUUCUUCGUAUCGUAAAAUAUGCGACGAGAUUUUGAAUUCAUGCAGUGAUUUGACCACGCCUCCUGGCGCUUUUAAAAUGUAUAAUUAUUUAUUUAUAACGAAUUGUCUAGAAAAUUAAUUCUUUGUGCAAUCUCUGCUAGAAUAUGUAUCAAUUAUGUGACAUACAUAAAUAUAUCUGUAUU